CACAAACCCUAAAAUUGUCCCUUCAGUUCCCACUUGGUACUCAUACCCGAGAAUCUGAAAGAAGAAAAUCCAAUGGCUCCUUUGGAAAGUCCAGCAACCGCUUCUUCAAGCGAAGUUGAGAGUUCUUCUGAAGAGAUCUUUAAGUCUUCUUCUGAAGAAAGCAAACCCAAAGAUCCUGUCACAGUUCCUUCCUCUAAAACCCUAAAAUCUCCUUCCGCCGCUGUGAAUUCUAAGACAGAUUCUUCUGAUGACUCAGAGAAGCAGUCAUUCGUCUUAACCAGGCGGAAGAAGAAAGAAGGUGCUGCUGAAUCACCGGCGGUGAAGUCAGGGAAGAAGCGAGCUGGUGAAGGAAGCACCUCAAGGGACAUGCAUGUCAAAAGAGUUAAGAAAGAGGACGAUAACAAAAAGGCGAAUCCUCAGAGAGUAUGGAGUGAAGAAGAUGAGAUCUCUCUUCUACAGGCAGUGAUUGAUUUCAAAGCUGAGACAGGUACAAGUCCUUGGGAUCAUAAGAAUGCGUUUUUUGAUAUCGCCAAGAAAUCUAUAAGCUUUGAUGUUAGUCAUGUCCAGUUCUUUGACAAGAUUAGAAGAUUAAAGAAUAAGUAUUUUGUUAACCGGAAGAACAAAAGUGGUGAAUCGAAUCAUGAUAAGAAAUGUUUGGGUUUGGCUGUUUUGAUUUGGGGAUCUGAUGGUAUGAACGUUGAAUCUCCUGUGAAGAAAGAUGAAUCUAUUCUUGUUAAGGGUAAGGCUAAUAGCAAGGAGAAGAAGGUGGAGAAACCUUUGGUUAUAGAAGAUGAGCAAGUGAUUCUUGGAGCAGAUUCGGAGUGGUUUGAGGAGUCUUUUCUUGUUCCGGUUAUCGCGAAUCUCGGUUUGGAUGAGUAUUCUGUGAAGAAGAAGUGGAGCAAGGUGUCUCUGGAGACUAAGAAGAAGAUUCAAGAGAAGAUGAAGGUUGUGGACGCUAAGAAAUGUGAGUUGUUGUUGGCGGAGAUGGAUGUUUUGAAGGAUGUGACUUCGGUGCUUGCUCAAACCAACUAAGAAGAAGAAGAAGAAGAAGCUAUCUUAGGGAUUGUAUAGGGUUAAUCUAAGGAUGUAAUGCCCUCUUUUGUUAUCUAUCUUAGGGUUUAUCUUUCUAUCUACGUUUAUGGAUUUUUAGUCUUUUGGAUUCUCGUGUGAGAAUUAGCUAUAACAAGAUUAAGAUAAGUUGUCUAACAAACCUUUUGGUCGAUGGUUGUAAUGAACUUUUAGGAUUUUGUAAAUGUGCUUCUUUUUUUAAUGUCUCUC